GUGUGAAAUAUAGUAGAAGUAUUGCUUUCACUACCUGCUCGAAGAUACAUACAUACAUACGUAUAUGGGAGCUCGCGAAUUGCGAAUGCAAAAGCAAAAGCCAGAAAUUUGUUCAUAAUCAGGAAUACAUAAUGGUGUGAAGGCGUGAUAUGCGUGUUAAAAGUUUGACUUUGUCCUACUUUUUGAUGACAAUUAAAGAAUCGUGGACUUAUGGAUGCUCAGUUCACGUCAGAAAGACAAUCCCAGCCAGCCCUGGCAGCUAUUAUUGCUGCUCCUACUGGCCACAUUGAGCCUGUGCCUCGCCUGUCGCGUUUCGGAAUUCUCAUGCAAGGGCAGUGGUAACAGUGGCAACAUCUGCGUGCCACUGGACAAAUACUGCGAUGGACGCAGCGACUGUGCCGACGGCAGUGAUGAGCCCAAGCAUUGCUCUGUCUGCAAUCGGACAUACUAUGGUGAUAUUGGACGCACCUAUGCCAUAAGGGUGCCAACGCCACAGUGGAAUAAGUUGCCGUUCCUCUGUCACCUGACAUUCACCGCGUCUGGCCAUGAUCAAGGCGACAUCGUCCAGAUCAUAUUUGAUGGCUUUACGGUGGGCCGCUUCGAUGAGGGCAUGGUUGAUACGGAUGUGGAUGGCUAUGAAACGAAUCUGAGUCCAACCGGUGAGCUGCCCGGCUGUCCCGAGGGUUUCAUGCAGCUCAGCGAACUGGGGCGACCAUUCACGGGCGGCUCCUGGUGCGGCAAGGCCACCGGACCGCAAUUAUACUUCAGCGAAACAUCCACGGUGACAGCUUCAGUGAAGGUAUUUCAUCCGCCACGCAAUAUACGGGACGACAAACCCUUUGAGUUCAGCAUAAGAUACAAAUUUAUAAGCCAGUCCGAUGCAGUUGUGAGGUAUGGACUGCCCGAUAAGCCAUUGGAAUUGGGACGUGUCACACCCGGCACCUAUUGUACAAGGCAAUUCGAUGAAUGCUAUCGUAACAAGUGUCGCCUGCAAAGUCCAAAUUAUCCUGGUAUGUAUCCAAGGAAUGUUACCUGCUAUUGGACCAUACGACAGAAAGAAGUUCCAACCAGCAAGCAUGCCAUGAUUGCCGUCAGCCAGGAGAAUCAGCACAAAGCCCUAGUAAAGCGCUCUAUUGCCAGCUUUAAUAAGACCUCACGCUCGAUUCGUGCCUGGUCUGAUUGUACUGGAGAGCGCGAUCAUUUAAUCUUUUACGAUGGCAGCUCCACAAAUGAUCCCGUCCUGGCCAAAUAUUGUGGCGGCGAUUGGUUGCCUCGUGUCGUCUCACGCGGCCCGGAAAUGUUGGUGGCCUUUCACUCAAGCCCCUUCUCAGCACCCCUACAGCAGGGCAUACCCAAUCGCGGCUUUGAACUGGAUGUGGAUAUACUGUUCACCGAUUCGGACUCGUAUGAUUUUGCGCAGGGAACGAAGAAUCUUUGUGAAUUUCAUAUAAAUGCAUCGAAUCCGGAUGAUGUUUUAUUCUCACGUCGCGGCCGCAUGGGACGCAUUGUGAGUCCGCGUCACACGCUUCCGCCGAACACAACGUGCACGUACCACUUUCACGGAUAUCCUGGUGACCUGAUUUGGUUAUCGUUCACCAGCUACAAUCUACAGAUACUGCAGCAGGCGAUACACGACAACAAUACGCUGGGACGGAGCGAUUUGCCGCCUUGGAUAACUCGUCUGCGUAUGUGGGACAGUUACGGCACAUAUAUGCCAAUUAAGUCGACCAGCGUGACCACAGGACAGCCGCCGCCACCGCCGCCGGUGGCAUCCUCGGCGGAUGGGGGCAAACCCACGUUGUUGAAUCAAAGCAACUAUGGCAGCUAUUACUACAGCGCCAGCAAUCCAAAACUGAAUCGCAAUUUGCGCGUAAACAUUGACAAUGCCUGGAAUCCAGUGGAUACCUACAUCUACGGGCCCACACAGUCGAGUGUGUUCAAUCAGGAGAACAAGUAUAGUGGCUAUCAGGGCGGUGCUGGCGGCGCAGCAUCUGCCGGCGGAGCUGCCUCUGCGGGCAAACAACUGGGCGGCAUAAAGGACAGCCUCAACUAUUUAUCAGGUGGUAAGUCCGGCCGCGACGGCAGUGGAGCUUCGGCAGCAGCUGUCUUGAGCUCGGAUAAGAAUAGCCAAAGCGCUGUCUCCCUAAUGAGCACCAAAGGCAAGCGACGUCUCAUGCUGGAGAUAUACGACUACGAGACGCCCAAACUGUGCGAUCACACGGCCAUCGGCAGCGGAGUCAGCGGCAGCAGCGCUCUAAUGGGUGGCAACAAGCAGCGGCCAUGCAGCCCACUGGAAAGCUAUGUGAGCACCGGCAGAGAUUUGAAACUGGAAUUCCACACGCACACGGGCACCGCCCUGUUUCCUGCUCAAUUUGCACUGAACUACGAGUUCGUGGACACAGAACAGGGCGGUGAAACAUGGCCGGGUAGGCGUGGCGAGGAUCCAGUGCCUCCGCUUUGUUCGCGUGUCUUUCGCAAACGCAAGGGCAACAUCCAGGUGCCCAGGAAUGUGUUCCUCUAUGGCAGGGGCGGCGCCAAGAACAUCACCUGCCUGUAUCGCUUUGAGGCGGGCACCUCGGAGCGCGUCAAGCUGGUGCUCCAUAAUGUAUCGUUCGGCGAGGGAACCGCCUGCACCACCGACUCGGAUCUGCACACGGGCAGACCGCGGUGCAAUCAACUGGAUCCCGAGGGUCGCAUCACCGAGCUGCGCCUGUACGAUGUACCGUUCCGAGAUGUGAAAAUCCAAUUGGGCUGCUUCUGUGACAACUCCAGCGCUCUGUACAGCAAUGCGCCGUUGACCUUUGUCUCGCAUUCGCGUAUUAUGGAACUGACCUUUACGGUGACCAGACUCAACAUUUCCGAGGACUUUGCCGAUGUUUUCUUCUCAGCCUCGUAUGAGUUUAAGCGGCAGGCCGAUUGCCGCAAACAGCUGAAACUGAAGGGCGCUGGCGGUGAGGAUGAGCUUAAGUAUCCGCUCAAGACACAGGACGCCAGCUGCGAGGGCCUGGCCUGGUACAUAGAGGCCCAAUCGCCAGAACGUUCGCUAUUCGUGCAAACCUGGGGCGCCUAUCUGCCCGUCGAUCCCACCUCCGAGGAUGCCAUGCGCUGUCACACCAAGAAUCGACUGAUGGUCUACUCCGGCAGGCCGCUGAAGCCCAUGCGUGUGGUUUGUCCAGCGCAGAGUGGUCCCAGGCCAACAUCCCUGCACAUAUUCUCCGAGGACUGGACCAAUGGACAGCCUUUGUUUAUGAACAAGCCCAUCAGUUUGGUGCUGGAGCCCAUCCUUAAGGAGCCCGGUGACAUAGCCUUCACAUGGCUGGAGAUACAUCGCACUAAGAAUGCGCUGCUGCAGCAAUUGGACCUGCAUGUGAACGCAAGCGUAACCACGGGCUUGGGUGUCCCACCCAGCGGUGGUGCAGCAGGUGGUGCUGGCGGUGCAGUUGUGGGCACUGGCAGCGCCGGCGUGGCUGGCGCCGGAGGCGUUGCGCCCAGCGCAACGGCCAACGAAACGCUGAACGAAUUUGGUUUCUAUCCCAAGGAGUCGGAUUGCGAGUACAAAUGCCCCGAAAUUGAUGCAUGCAUAGCGGCCAGUCUGUGGUGUGAUGGUCAUCACAACUGUCCCAGCGGCUUCGAUGAGUCCGAGGAGGAGUGCGGCACAGCUCGGAAGCUGCUCGAGCUGCCCGGCGGCGUAUUUGCGGCAUUGGGUUGCAUUGCCGCAGCGUUGACCGCCUGCCUCAUAUUCUGCAUGUUUGGGCUGAUGCGCAAGCGAAAAAAGUCGGUGGUGCAGAAAAGCGGUGGAUUCAUGAACGGUGCCAAUGGCAAUGGCAAUGUGCCAGCGCCCUGCAGCAUUGGCACUCUGAAGAAGGACUUCCAGAAGGAGGCGCUCUACAUUGAUCCGGCGUCCUGACAUCCACUACAGCCGGUGGAGUACAUACAUGUGGAUCGAGAAACCACCGUGUGAUAUGUUGCCGCCGGCUAUGGCUUGUACGAGCAAAUUGAGCAAGGCCUGAGCAUUGCCUGACCGGAGCAGAAACAGGAACAGGAGCGGGAUCAGGAGCGGGAGCGGGAUCUGAAUUUGAAGCGUGAGCGUGAGCAGAUGCUGCAGGUAGAGCAACUGGAGAUUAUUGUUGGCCCGGUACAGGAUCUGGCAUGGAGGUUUUAAAGUACGGAUGAGUUAGUGCAAAAGGGAUUUAAAUUGAGCCAAACAGGGAGAAAGAGAACUAAAGCUAAAUUUUAAGUGAAUAUAAAAUUUUUUUUCGUAUUAUUUGUGGAUAUUAAACAAUCUUGCGUGUAUAUUAAUUUUCGGGUUCCGUGGAGCUGAUUGCACUGCUGGCCAUAUCGUGCACCUUUUUUCUGUUCAUGCACACAAACAAAUUAA